AUGGCGGACGCCUGGGGCCGGGCCAAGCGCGCGCUCGCCACCAAGCUCUGCAUCCGCCUGCCGGACCGCCAGAGGGCCCUCGAGGACGCGCCGCCGCCGCCGCCGGGACGCGAGGCGCACCAUCCGCCGUCGGCCGCGGCGCCGGGCCCUGCGACGGCGGAGGAGGAGAGGGCCAGGUCGCCGUCCGCGUCCUCGCGGCGGCUCUCCAGCUCCGGCAGCCGGGGCUCCAAGAGGGUAUGCGCCAUCUGCCUUGGCAGUAUGAGGACAGGGCACGGACAGGCCCUGUUUACUGCUGAAUGCUCCCAUAAGUUCCAUUUCCAUUGCAUCACUUCAAAUGUCAGGCAUGGCAACCAUAUCUGCCCAAUAUGCCGUGCCGACUGGAAAGAACUGCCCUUCCAGGGACCUCAACUUGCAGAUGCCACCCAUGGGAGAGCUAGAGUAAGCCCGGUAAAUUGGCCCCAAGACGACGGACACAUGGCUGUUAUCCGCAGGCUUUCCAACUCAUACAGUGGAAAUCUGCUGGAGCAAUUUCCUGUCUUCCGUACUCCCGAGGCAGACAUUUUCAAUGACGAUGAGCAAAUAGAUAUUCAGUCUGAAAAUGUGGAGGAGAACAAUGCAGUCACUGGUUCGGUUGAAAUCAAGACAUAUGCAGAAGUGCAGGCCAUACAGCAGUCAGUGACCCAGAAGGUCUUUUCUAUCUUGAUUCAUCUCAAGGCUCCGAAGUCCUUGGAGUCGGUGAGCUCCCGUGCGCCUCUUGACCUUGUGACCGUGCUUGAUGUCAGUGGCAGCAUGAAAGGGGCCAAACUUGCACUUCUCAAGAAGGCAAUGGGCUUUGUCAUCCAGACGCUUGGGCCCAAUGACCGGCUGUCUGUCAUUGCCUUCUCGUCUACGGCACGGAGGCUCUUUCCCCUUCGCCAAAUGAACGUCAACGGACGAAUGCAAGCCAUGCAGGCUGUGAAUUCCCUUGUUGAUGGUGGCGGCACAAACAUUUCUGAUGGGCUAAAGAAGGGUGCUAAAGUCAUCGAGCACCGUCGGAUGAAGAAUCCUGUUUGCAGCAUCAUUCUUCUGUCGGAUGGUCAAGACACAUAUUCGGUGCCAACCUAUGGCGAUGGGGUUCAGACAAACCACAGCAUGCUUGUUCCUCCCUCAAUCCUGCCUGGAACAGGUAAUCAUGUGCAAAUCCACACCUUUGGUUUCGGUGCAGAUCAUGACUCGGCGGCGAUGCACGCUAUUGCGGAGACAUCUAGCGGCACAUUCUCAUUUAUCGACGCCGAAGGCUCAAUCCAGAAUGGAUUUGCUCAGUGUAUUGGUGGCCUCCUCAGUGUUGUGGUUAAGGAGAUGCGGCUGGGCAUCGAGUGUGUGGAUGAAAGCGUGCUACUCACCUCCAUCAAGUCAGGUGGCUAUGCAAGUGAAGUAGCCGUGGAUGGACGUAACGGGUCAGUCGAUAUAGGCGACCUGUAUGCAGAUGAAGAGAGGGGGUUUCUGAUCACCCUCCAUGUCCCAGCUGCACUGGGGCAGCAGACUGUACUGAUCAAGCCAAGCUGUACAUACCAAGACGCAGUUACAACAGAGAGCAUUCAGGUGCAGGGUGAAGAAGUGAGUGUCGAGCGUCCUGCAUACUCUGUGGACUGCAAAAUGUCUCCCGAGGUUGAGCGCGAGUGGCACCGCGUUCAAGCCAUGGAGGACAUGUCCGCUGCGCGGGCCGCGGCCGACGGAGGCGAUUUCUCCCAGGCCGUGUCGAUCCUCGAAGGCCGCACGAGGAUCCUGGAGUCGCAGGCAGCGCAAUCUUCAGACAGCCAGUGCCUGGCGCUGAUCACGGAGCUGAGGGAGAUGCAGGAGAGGGUGGAGAGCCGGCGGAGGUACGACGAGUCCGGCAGGGCCUUCAUGCUGGCAGGCCUGAGCUCGCACUCAUGGCAGAGGGCCACGGCGCGCGGCGACUCGACGGAGCUCAACACCCAAAUCCACACCUACCAGACGCCGUCGAUGGUCGACAUGCUGCACCGCUCGCAGGCUCUCGUGCCCGCCGCCGUCGAAAUGCUGAACCGCUCCCCGACCGUUGCUCCUUCACGCGGCUCCGGCCGGUCGGUGAGGUCGACAAAGUCCUUCUCCGAGCGGCUGGCCUGA